AUGGCGGGCACGGCCAGGAAACGGCGGCGUCAGCUGACGGCUCCGCCGGGAAACGGGCAUCCUUCCUCCCGCCCCAGCGGCACCCACGGCACCGCCCUCAGCGCCCUGACUCCUCCUGCCUUUGCCUCCCGCCACCUCCCAGGAGACUUCCCCUGUGGAGACCGUCGUCUGCCCCUGGCUACGGAGCCUCCUUCAAUACUGAGUAACAAUCUGGCUGAAGAUGGCAGCUGCAAGCAUAAUGUCGUAUUGCAGGUCACCCACCCUGACAAGACCAGCCUGGAUUACUACAGGAAUGACAGCGCAGUGCUGUUCCUGUGUGGAAACCCAGUGAACAACACAGACUUUAUGUGCGACAAGAGGCAGGUCAGGCAGUUCUCUCAAGCCUUCCUGCCGGUGUUUUUCUGGCUUAUCUUCACUGUGGGCACAGUAGGAAAUGCUUUGGUUGUGCUUGUCUAUUGCAAAUACCACUUCAGGAGAAGUAUGAUGGAUCGGUACCUGCUGCACCUGGCCAUCGCAGACCUGCUGCUCCUUUUCACCCUCCCGUUCUGGGCCAAGGCUGCUUCUGAUGGCUGGAUCUUCAAGGACUUCAUGUGUAAAGUCGUCAACAGUCUGUAUAAGAUCAACUUCUAUGGCUGCAGCUUGCUUCUGACCUGCAUCAGCUUUGACAGGUACAUCACUAUUGUCCAGGCAAUGAAAGCUAAAACUUCUAAGCGAAGGUGGCUCCUGCGCAGCAACCUCAUGUGCUUGGCUGUCUGGCUGACAGCGCUGGGCAUGUGCAUCCCAGAAAUCAUAUACAGCCAAACCAUGCAGGUGGGUGACAUAAUAGUUUGCAAAAUCACAUACCCACCAAAUGUCAGCAGGAUCUUCAGACUUACCAUGCUGGUCUUGAAAGUCACAAUUGGAUUCUUCUUCCCACUCCUUGUCAUGGUUAUUUGUUAUGCUCUUAUCAUCAAGACCCUCCUACAAGCCAAAAGAUCCCAAAAACAGAAGUCGGUGAAGAUCAUCACCAUGAUCAUCACGGCUUUCCUCCUCUCUCAGUUCCCGUACAAUAUUGUUUUGCUGGUCAAAGCCAUCAGCACCUACACCGGGGCAGUGUACAGUUGUCAGGCUGCCAACCAGCUGGACAUCGGGCUGCAGGUCAGCCAGACCAUCGCCUUCCUCCACAGCUGCCUCAACCCCUUCCUCUAUGUCUUUGCUGGUGAGCGCUUCAGGAUAGCGCUGGGCAGGAUGGUGCAAAGCAGUGGCUGCUGCCGAAGCAGGGUCCAAAAGCAGUUCUCCUCUGCCUGCGACAGCCAGGAGCACAGCUCAAACUGGUCCUUUACCAUGCUGGGGAGGCAGCGGGUGAGGAACUCCCUGAUCCUUAGCGCUCACUUGACCUCCUCUGUUAUGUCCCCUCCUUGCAAAGUCCUCUUGUAA